AUGUGGCCUAGACCAAGUCUUGAGCUGAGAGAGGCGAGAAAGGAGGGGAAAUGUACUGAGUGCGGCGAAAAGGGGCAUUGGCUGAAGGAUUGUCCAGUAAGGAAGGCGGAGGUCAAGGUUGGAUGGUUGCCGCCAUGGGGGGAGAAGUUUGGAGAACGUGAUGCAGGAUCGGGCGGGAACGCCGUACUUCUUGGACAGAGGAGGAAGUUAAACACAGUCACAGGGGAAUGGGAAAUGGAAGAGGACCAGGGAAAAGAAGAGGACCUGUCGCAUCACCUCCUUAUCCCUUCCACUGCUAGAGAUCAACCUAAAUCGGACAUUUUCAGCAAUGGAAUCAAACUAACCACGCUCUGGGACACUGGGGCUACUUGUUCAUAUAGAAGCCCUAAGACAGCGGCAAAGAUAGGUGUAGAAAGGAGACGAUACCCGGUGAGCGUACCCGUUCACAUGUUUGAUGGCUCAGUUAGUGUCGCUGGACCUAUUACCGAGUUCAUCAAAGUUACUUUCAGUUUGACAAAGGACACCGAAGAGCGAUCUACGUUGUGA